AUGGCGCGCGGCACUCCCUCGUCGACCCGCUCCACCCCGACCCAGACCCCGCGCGUCUCGCCCUCGCGCUCCCCCUCCACCGCCGCCGCCGCCGCCGACCCACGACCGCCCAUCGCCUCUAGCUCCACCUCGGCACCGAACCCCGCUCUCGCCGCCGCCGCCGCCGCACCAGCGCCGCGCGUGCGCCGCCCACGCUCGCCCGCCCAGCAGCAGCAGCAGCAUCAGCAACCGCAGCCGCACCUCGCCUCGGCGCACGGCGGCCGCCCGGGCGCCCUGCGCGGUGCGCGCGCCAGCGCCCUCGCAGCGGGUACCGGCGCCGAGAGCUACCUCGCGAGCGCGUCGGGUUCGCAGACGGACGGCGCAGACGGCGAGACCGAGUCGACCACGAGCGGCGAGAGCGACGGCGACGAGGCUGUCCUGCGCGCGCGCAUCUUUGGCGAGGGGUUCGGCGGAGGUGACGCCGUGGCGGCGGUGGGCGGGUACGAAGCGGCGGGCUGGGCGCGCAGCGGGAGGGUCGGUGCGGCAGGCGGUCGAGGCGGGUCGACGGCGAGGGCGGCGGGCGCGGCGGCGCCGCUGUACGACGUGCGCAGGCUCGGCGCGCCGUCGCCGCAGUGGGCCGGCGAGCGAGGGCGCGGCGAGCACGUCCUCGUCAAGAAGCGCAGCACGUCGCCAGGAUCCUCACGUGGCGGCGACUACGGUGCUGGCGGCGGCGGCGGUGCAGGAGGAGGAGGAGGAGGCGGCGGCGGCAGCAGUGCGCACCGCGAGCGGUCGUGGGGCUCGGCGCUCCUCGACACGCUCGAGGGCCACCACUCGCACUCGCAGGGCAGCAAGGAGCGUCGCCGGCCCGUGUCGCCGACGCUGAGCGCGCUCCGAGGCGGGCGCGGCUCGUCGGCGCGCAACCGGCCGACCAAGGUCCUGCCCUCGGAGCAGCCACCCGCCGUGCGCGAGCCGUCGCCGCCGCUCACGUUCGACUCGAUCCGGCCAGGGUGGAGCAACCCGUUUGCGCUGUACCACAUCCGCACCUCGCUCGUAUUCGAGGUCGUCAUCCUCGUCGUCGCGCUCGCGUUCGCCGUGUACCGCCUGUACUCGAUGCAGCCGACGGCCGUCUUUCCCUCGAUCCCGGCAGUCCCGCUCGGCGCCCUCGUCGUCUUUACGGUCGCCGUCCCCUUCAUCGCGCUCUUCCGCCGCGAGGGCCACUACUUCAAGGCGCCGUUCACCGACGAGCGCGGGUACCGCGACUCGAAGCAGGCCGACGACGGCGUCGCCGCCGCCCUCGUCCUCCCCGUCCUCCUCGCCGUCGCAGUCUGGUGGGACACGUACGCGACCGCCGACGCGACCGGCCGUGGCGUCGGCCUCGAGGGCAUCCGCUCGCUCGUCGACGUGUGGGAGCACAACGGCAUCCACGCCGCGAGCUCGCCCCGUCUCGCGCUCGCGCUCGGAGGAGGAGGACGAGGAGGGCUCGACCCGUCGGUCCUGUCGGCGCCGCUCGAGCGCGCGAGGGCCCUGUUCCAGGCCCGGUACGAGCUCGUCCUCCUCACGGCGCUCAACGCCGCGUGCCUGUUGCUCCACCUCGCGCUCGCGAGGACCCUGUUCCGCAUCGAGCGCCUCCCCAAGAGCAACACGAAGCGCUUUUUCGGCUUCAUGGCCGUCGCGACGACGCUCAGCGCCGCCGUGUGGGCCGCGUUCGCCCUGUGCGACUACCUCGUCGACGGCGGGCUCCCGAUCCACCCGCUCGAGGCGGCCGUGACGACCCACAUCCAGCAGUCGUCUUUCUACCUCGUGUCGCGCCUCGCCCGUCGCGGCUUCACGCUCGGCGAGCUCAACACGAUGACGGUCGCCGGCAACGCCCUGUGCCUCGAGUUUUGGCGCUUGUCGUGGGCGAGGUGGAACUACAAGCGUGGCUUCCCGUACAUCCCGCCGACUUUCCGAGCGCCGACGCCCGUCAUCGCCUUCCAGUCGGUCCUCAUCCCGGGCGCCUUCAUGUCGGGCUUCCUCCUGUCGCCGCUCCUCGUCGUCUCGCGCCACAUUGCCUCGCGCCCGUCGCACCGCCUCAAGUGGCCCACCGAGCGCGAGCGGCACCGCAAGCUCCUCGCGCUCGGCGUCGCCGUCGGCCUCGCCGCCAUCGUGUGUGUCCCGCUCGGCGGCUGGGCCGGCUGGAUGCUCGGCGCGUCGCCGCCCUCGUUCGCGCGCCGACUCCGUCGCCCCUGGGGCUGGGCACUGCGCUUCUUUGCGUUCGGCGACAGCGACGGCGUCGCCGACUGGCAGCAGCCCGCCGCGCUCCACCCGCCCGGCUGGUCCUUGUUCUCGGCCAAGCGCACGUCGCGCGGCUGGAGGAGGAUCGCCCUCGUCGCCUACUGGGGCACGACCAUCUCGUCGGCCAUCGGCGGGUGGCAGACGCACCUCGUGCGCAAGCGCCGCAUCCGCACGCGCGCGAGCCCGGCGCAGCACCACCACCACCACCACAAGCCGUCGCCCGGGCACUCGCCGACGACGUCGUCGUUUGCCUUGUCCGGGGCCGCAGGCGGUCCGGGCGGCGCAGCGGGCGAGGGCUCGACGGCGGCGGCGGCGGCGGCGCAGGGCGAGGGAGCAGUGCGCUCGACGGGGAGCGCCGCAGCUGCCGCAGCGGGCAAGCGCCUCCUCGGCUUCGGCAUGGACGCGAUGCACGGCGCGGCGCGCAUGAGCGCCGCUGCGGGCGCGAGCGCCGGCGUCUCGAUGCGCCGCUCGCCCGUCGGGCGGAUCGGCGCCGAGAGCGCGCGCGAGGAAAAGGCCGUGCACGCGAGCCUCAACAUGCGGCGCAAGUUCUUUCACGCGCUCGCCGUCCUCAUGUUCGUCCCGGGCAUCGCCGUCGACCCCGCCUUUACGUCGCUCGCCUUCUCGGUCGCCUUCUCGCUCUUCACGUUCGCCGAGUACGCGCGCUACUUUGCCCUGUACCCGAUCGGCGGGCCCCUGCACAUCUUCUUCUCCGAGUUUGUCGACUCGAAGGACGGCGGCCCUGUCAUCCUGAGCCACUUUUACCUCUUGACGGGCUGCGCCGGAGGCCUGUGGCUCGAGGGUCGCGGCAUCAACCGCUACACGGGCGUGCUCGUCCUCGGCGUCGGCGACAGCCUCGCCUCGAUCGUCGGCAAGCUCGUCGGGCGCACGCGCUGGCCGGGCACGACCAAGACGCUCGAGGGCACGGCCGCCUUCAUCUCGUCGGUCGUCCUGUGCGGCUGGCUGCUGCGCCUCGUCGGCGUCGUCGAGCCCUUCUCGCUCCCUCGCUACAUCCUCGGCGUCACGCUCGCCGCCCUCCUCGAGGCAGCGUCGGCGCAGAACGACAACCUCGUCAUCCCGCUGUAUCUGUGGAGCGUCCUGUCGCUCUUGUCUGUGUAGCACGGGGAGGACGACGUGUCGGCGCCUGCCGGUAGCAACAUAGAUCUCGCUUUCCUGAC